CAGACUGACACCAUGCUGCCUGCUGUUGUAAAGCUCUGCUGUGGAAUCUCCUACCCCCAUCUGAGGAGUCUGGCAGGACUUCAACGCACAGCUGUGGCAGUGAUAGGCAAGGAGCUCACACACCUGCAGAGAUGGGGACGGGUCCAACCUCACAUGAGCACACAUGGUGGAAUCAAGUAUAAUGCGCCUGGACCCGAAGAUGUAAAGCCUUUGAAAGAAGAUCAAGACUUUUGUGUAAAACAAGGCCAAGAAGCAAUGAGGAAAGCUCUCUGCAUGCUGGAAGACACAAAAGGAUGGAAGGUCGAGUUCACAGAGAGCGAAGGAGAAGUUAUUUGCAGCAAAGUAGUGGCGGGGGCCGGGAAGGUCUUCAGGCUGGAGGCGGUGCUGGAAGCCAGCGUGGAGGAGCUCUACGACCUCCUGUUUGUCAGAGUGGAGGAGAUGCACCAGUGGAACCCGAGCAUACAGCAGAUCAAAGUUCUGAAGCAUGUUGGGCCUGAAACAAUAAUCACUCACGAGGUUUCAGCCGAGACAGCGGGAAAUCGUAUUGGCCAAAGGGAUUUCCUGAGUGUCAGACACAGUCGCAAACAGAAGUCCAGCGUUUAUCUUGGAGGAGCAGCGAUUCAGCUGGCGUCCUUCCCACCUCAGGCAGGCUUUGUGAGAGCUGAGGAUGGACCAACCUGCAUAAUCAUUCAGGCUUUGGGCGAUGAAACAGGAAAAAGCCGCUUCACAUGGCUUCUUAAUAUGGACGUCAAGGGCUGGCUGCCAAAGUCCAUUGUCAAUCAGGCUUUGCCCCGGGCACAGCUGGAUUUCACCAGACACCUUCGCAGACGUCUCACAGCGAGGGCCACCCUGGGCUAGCUGAGCUUGUGUGACACCGCACCGCAGGAGCACUCCUAUCACUCUCUGGGGACGGUUGGGAGAUGGAGGCACAGUGACAGCCUCCAGAGCAUGACAGAAAGUAACUGGUGCCGCUGGCUUAUAAUAGGAAAUAAUGUCAGCGUGUGCCACUCAAACCUCAACAUUUCCUGCUUAGGAUUCAUCCAUUGUCUGUUGACACCGACUAACUGAAUGAGUGCCUGCACUUGAAUGGACAACAUUAAUAAAGUGUUUUUUGCCUGA